UGGUUCAUUUUAAUGCUUUGUCCACGCCGGUUAAGUGGCAAACGUGUGCAACUAGUAUAUAUUCUGAAUUAUUUAACUCUUCCUUUCAAUUUAAUUGUGUGCGUUUUGCAUUUAACAAGAAGCAUUCGGGAUGUUUUCAUACCAAUAAUAGGCAAGAAUCAAUUUUCGAACAUAUUAAGCCUAUCUAUGUAUGUACAUACAUACAAAUAUACAUAAGUACAUAUGUAUAAAGAUGAAAGAUUCAUUUUCAACAGGUUAAAAUCAUAUGUAAAUAAAGACAUGUAAUAGUAUUGCAUAUUUGAGUUCUUUAAAGUUCAUAAUAAUCCGACACGCAUAAAUGGCUUAAGGUUACGAGACGAAACCCUAUGCUUUGAACCGAUCCUCUUGGCCAAACAAUGGAUCUUUUAUGUUCGGAAAACAUAUUUAAUGAAUCUGAUUCAUCCUUGUAUCGCCUAAACAAAUGCCAACAAAAAAUGGCUGCGCCGACGAUCAUCAGGGAACCACAAUCAAUAUGUUCGGCAAAAACAGAUCCUGAUUCAGAGCAAAAUCCUGCAAACUUUUCCCAAAACAAGACUGUUGUAUGCAAUAUGAAGGAGAUCGUCUAUAUAUAUGCAUCGAUGGACUCUGCCGAGAAUCAAGAAUUGGAACCACGUUACAUCAGCAACGAAUCGACGUCACAAUCGCAAUCACAACAACUUCAAGAGCGGCUGACUAAAUCGAAUUCGAAUUCGAAUGCGAAUUCCAAUUCGAAUUCUGCGUCGCCCGCAACGGACAACGUAAACACUGCAAUAGGGGACCCCACAUUAUAUUCCGAUCGAUGUCUAGAGAAUGCGCUCAAGACCGAGGAGAAAUACCACCAAAUUGUCGACACGUACUCCACCAUUCAAAAGGACAUCACUCCGCCAAUGCGAAAAAUUGUCGCCGAGUGGAUGAUGGAAGUGUGUGCCGAAGAAAAUUGCCAGGAAGAGGUCGUGCUACUGGCUUUAAAUUACAUGGAUCGAUUUCUUUCGAGCAAAUCAGUACGCAAGACCCAUCUGCAAAUCUUAGCUGCUGCUUGUCUUUUACUUGCUUCCAAACUCCGUGAGCCCAGCUGCCGUGCACUUUCCGUAGACUUACUUGUUGUUUAUACAGACAACAGCAUUUACAAGGAUGAUUUGAUUAAAUGGGAGCUGUAUGUGCUAAGCCGUUUAGGUUGGGACCUGUCAUCUGUGACACCUCUGGAUUUCCUUGAGCUUUUAAUGAUGCGCCUGCCGAUAGGAAGUAAACACUUCCCAGACAUAAACAUUGGAAAAGUCAGAGGACAUGCACAGGCAUUUAUAUCACUAGCAGCUAAAGAACAUAAAUUCGCGAAAUUCUCGGCCAGCACAAUAGCUGCAUCAAGUAUAGCUGCAUCGAUGAAUGGCUUAAAAUGGCAUCUGCGAUCGGGACAUAACUUACAUUUUCUGUUGAGUCUUAUGACUGACCUAACCAGCGUGGAGCAGGCGCAGGUGCAGGAUUGCAUGCUACAUAUGGAAGACAUAUUUAAGGAGCACAGUCGAAACUUGCAGCCCUUUUUGAUGAACAUAGAUCCUUCACAAAUGUCAACGUUAUACUAUCAGGGUCGCUUUCAAAUACAUCAAUCCCAGCACCUUUCCCAAAUCUCAAUUCGAUCCUUGCCACUGCCGAAAACUCCAGCCGACUGUGUGGAACAACAUCAGCAGCACAGCUUUGGGGCUGCAGCUCCUCAUAGAACACAUACAUGCAAGAUGCAGGCGCAGGCUCAAAAUGAGCUACAAGACGUUACAUUUUGAGGAUUCAAAAUACAUCAAGAUAGUUAUAGAAAGCUAGAUUUUAAACAAAAAUAUAUUUCAUACUAUUUUAAAGCGUAUAUAGGAUCACGCUUACAUUAUAUACCAUGUAAGAUCGGUCAAUAUUAUACGGUUUACAUCUACACCGGUGUAUUUAUUUACCCAACUACGUGUACUAAACCAUGGGUUUUUAUUGUAAUUAUUAAUAAUUUGUAUAAAUUAGUGUAAGAAAUUCAUCAUGAAACUUUAAAAUGGAUAAAACAUUAAAACGAGACUGAUUGUAAACAGUAAAGCAACAUUUUAUAUUUUGUAUAUAAGCUUUUCGAAAACCUACCCAGAUAACCAAAAAAUAACGAACUAUUAAAAUAAAAGUUUUACAAAGGACAUCCAAUUUAAAAACACAAUAUGUAAAAGUCAAAUUUAACAAAAACUUGGAUAACAAUAAUUUUAGUUGGUAAUAAAUGAUAGGAAGAAGCAAA